GUGAUGAAACCCACCGCCGGGUGCAGAUCUCAGUGGGUGGGUUUUUUUUUAAUUUUGUUUGUUUGUUGGUUUUGCUUUUAAUCUCCGUUCCAGCCUGCCUUUAGGUGUCAGCUCCAAUCUCGCGGUUGGAAGAUGGGACUCCAAACAUGAGUCAGAAUAGGCACAUCUUAAUAUGGAUACUGGCUGCUGCGACCAGUGUUUCAGUCGGGCUAAACAGGAAGCUAAUUGCCUAAGAUAGCUUAGAAGAGCUGUUUCAUAGGGAUUAAAUGAUGGUCUCCAGGUAGAUAAUACAUACCACUCUUAUAAAAGGUGAUAGUGCCUUGGGCUUUGAGUCAAAGUUUUUUGUCAAGUGAUCAGUUUGAGCUGAGGCAACAAUUUGCAUCAGGAUAUAUGAGAGAAUAUAAAGGAGAUGAUAAUGAGAAGGUAUGGGUUACUGUUCAACAUUUCAAAGGUUUUUUUUUUUUUUUUUGAAUUGUGCGCUUGUUACAGGAUGUCCUUGAUCUAGUAUUUGGCCUGCGUCAUUUAACAGGCUGCAAUUCUCUUGUAUUUAGUUUGUUGAAGGUUAUGAAUCUGCCUAGGUAAUCCCAUUGACUCUGCUGUUCCAGAACAGGCCUGUUUGCAGGGAGCAUAGCUGUAACGUGACCUAAGACCAAACUGUAAAUGCUUUAGUUGAACAGCAAUCGCAUCUGUAAAUAUUCAGGAAACCCCAUAGCUUGAAGGAAGGGAAUUUGUGCUUUGAUGAUAAUAAAAUGGAAAACUAAUGAUGUGUGUUGGUUUUGUCAUGCUUUGCUUUAAGGGCAUGUAGGUAUGGUCUCAAUAAAUAUUGUCUUUAUAUAAUAAAUACAGUAUUUUUUUAAUCUCAACUCUUCUUUUCCUUUUUUCCACAAAAGCAGCUGGAAGCCAUUUGUGUCCAAGUUCAGCCAGGACAGAUGAAGGAAGCUGAAAGGCCGAUGCCAUCAUUGGCAUCAGUCCAGUCCAAAACUAUAACGCUGAGUCAAUCGGUUGGUAGAAAUUCUAGUAUAUCAGGACUUGGCAUUAUUAAUCCCCAGAUAAUUAGGAUACAGCCAGUUACAGGAACUGAGCAGCAGCAGCAGCUCUUCCUACAUAGUUCCUCUGAGUCUCCAAUUCAGCUGCUUAUGCAGAGACCUUUACCACCUCAUAGAUCAGUGUCUGUGAACAAGAUCCCCACAUGUAAGAUGUUAAAUGGGCAGAGAACUACAUGCACCACAGUAUCAGCUGCGAGGUCUCCAAAUAUUACCAUGGUUGCAGCCAGUUCAACAAAUACUCUGAUAUCAUGCCUUGAAAAAAACCAAAAAGAUGACAAGUUAAAAAAAUCUUUGAAAGUGAAAACUCGUUCUGGACGGAUUUCACGGCCUCCAAAAUAUAAAGCUAAAGAUUACAAAUUCAUUAAAAUGGAGGAUUUGGCUGAUGGUCAUCAGUCUGAUUCUGAUGACUACUCUGAACUGAGUAUAGAAGAUGAUGAAGAAGGCAAGGUGAAAGGAAAGGAUGCGUUGUUCAAUUCUUCAAAUUAUAAUUUGAAACCCAAAAUGUUUAAAUGUCAGACUUGUGAAAAAUCCUAUAUAGGAAAAGGAGGAUUAGCAAGACAUUAUAAACUUAAUCCAGGUCAUGGACAGCUGGAGUCUUCACUUCAAGAAAUACCUUUAAAUAAGCCUAAUGGAAGUAUAUUUGUGGACAAUGCUUGUGGAAUAGGAGAGAAAACUACAAGCCCAGCACACUCGGAUUUUGUUGCUGUCACUUUAAAUAAUGAAAAUGCACUAGCUGCCAAUUUGGAAGAAACUGUUGCUUCACAGGCUGGAGAACAGACUUGUAAGUCUGCAGAAAGCAGACGCUCGCUGGCAGAACAGCAAAACGAGGCCGGUUCAGGACACCGGACGCCUGUAACACCAAAAGGACCUGGAAGACCCAGACGACCUAAGAGACGAGGACGACCAAGGAUGGGUGGAAGAUCCAGGUGUUCCGGAAGGCUUAGCAGGCCUGGUCAGUCCCCUUCAAAGUCACUUAGUAGUGUGUCAGCAGAGCACAAUGUAUUCAGAAGAAAAGCUAGGUUAAAAGAGCUAAUACAACAAUGUGAUAAUGAAGACUUAAUGGAGCUGGCUCUCCCACGUCUUACAAAGCUUGUAACAGUAUAUGAAUUUCUGUUGAUGAAGGUUGAAAAAGGGUGUCCAGCCAGAGCUUACUUCCCAGAUGUGUAUAGGGAAUUUGAAGAGUUGCAUAAUAUGGUAAAGAAAAUGGCUUAUGAUUACCUUAGUAAUUCUGAUAUGCUGAGCGGCCAAGAGUCUGUUGAAAUAAAAGAUCCGAAGGUCGCUGAAUCUCUAGGACUUACAGAAGUACUCACUGGGGAACAAAAGAUGCAAGGUGUAGACUCUUGUUCACAACGUAUAUUUAAAAUGUUUAGUGAGCGAGUGCCUGUGAAGAUACUGGGACAAAAACGGUUAGCUGAGAGCUCAGGGGAGGAACUGUUGCCAUCAGCCAAAAGGACCAAGUUAGAAGACGUAAUGGAGAAUGUGAAUAAUGCUUAUGCCAGUCAAGAUGAAGUGAAAGAAAAGAACGGGAAUUUGUGUACACUCUUUGAAAAAGAUGGUUUUAAUCCAUUAAAUGGAGAAAUCUUGCUUUCAGAAGAUAGAGAUAUCACGUGCUGCUCAACUGGAAGCAUACUGUCUACUGCGAAGGAACAUAACUCACUUGUUGAUUCAGAAGUUAGAAUCAAUGCUGAAAAUUCAGGUACUUUCUCUCAGACUGUGAAAAUAAGCAUGGAGUAUUCCCAGCCUGUAAAUAUACAGGGACCAGAUACUGCAGAUGACACAUCUGUGCUAAGCAGUGAAGCUGUAUUGCCUGUUGAAGCAGAUGUCUCACCAGAAUUAGUUCAAGCACACUUUGUGAGAGAGAAUACAGCAGGUGGGCUGUCAGCUCCCGAACUUUGCAACUCUAUGUCAGAGAAUGCAAUGGGCAGUCAGAGCACUGACUUAUCAAUGGGCGAAGAAAACGGUCACAAUGGAAAAUAUCAGAAACUGCAAGAGGAAAACCAGAAUUUUGCAAUUAAAGAACAUUCGGAACAGCUUCACGAUGCUGGCAUCACAGAUGAGAUGCAGCAACUUGAGAAAGUUUUUUCAACAAACGUCGUGCCAAUAAAUCAUCCACACAGUGCUCAGACUGAGUUGUACCAGAAUCCUGUCCAGGAAGCCUCCUUGUCCGCUCAUGCGAACCAUGAAAGCCCUUUCAAAAACGUGCAUGAGUUUUCUUGUGGGACAGGGGAAUCACAUGAGCUGGAGGAUACCGUUACUGUAGAUGAAACUGUAGCUUUUGAGAUCACUGAUGAGAGCCAUGAUUUUUUGUCUCAGGGACAUGAACAGAUUUUUAUUCAGACUACGGAUGGGCUUAUUUUAUCUCAUCCGGAUACUGCUGUUUUGUCUCAGGCAGAAGGCAUUGUUAUUGUAACUGAUUCUGAUGGUACUACAAUGCAUAUUCGCACACCUGAUGGGAUACCUUUGGAAACUGUGGAAGCACUACUGGCAAUGGAAGCAGAUAGCCAAAGUGAAGAAGUUCUGCUCUCACAAAGUGAAUUGGAGCCAUAAAUUAGAAAACUAUAUGCUUUCUUCUGGAAAAGACUGACUAUAUAAAAUGUAUAUUUUUCUAAUGUGAAUACUGAAAUAAUUGAAAUCUAACUUAUUUGUAAACUGUUUCUAUGCCCUGUACUUUUUUAUAACUUAUGUUUAUAUAAAUUUAGCAGCAUUGCAACCAAAAAUUCUAGAAAUAACAUGAUUCUAUUUGUUCUUCUAGGUGUUGGGGGGUAGGGGAAAAUGGAAAUCUGUCAUCCUUAAAACUGUUGCACUAUUCCCUUUUGUUACCCUUUUCUCUUUAGCCAUCCAAAAUGCAGUAAACUACUGCUUUUUGGCAGUGAUGUGCUGUGUACUGGCAAGCUGUGUAUGGGUAAAAUAAAAGCUGUAU